GCAUUCUCUUUGUUGAAUCCCAUGUUUCCGUACUUCACCGUCUUGGCAUGAGUGUAGCCUAGUUCGAGGUUGUGCGACAUUUCUAGACUUGAAUGAUGAUGUGAACGUAUCAGCCUUGAAAGUUGGCACAGAAUUCCUCCACAGAUCUUGCACCGCCUCAAUUGCUGCCAUCCUCGACUUUUAGGCAUUUAAAUCACCACCACACCCUUCUUUCUGCCUCAACAUGGACAACUCACCCAGUCCAGCGUCCGAGCACUUCAUGGAGCUCACUCAGAACCCCCAGCAUCGUAUGCCCACCAGCGAAAUAUAUCGCGCUCUGCCGAAUCCUCAUUUGCUUCAUGGAGAAGCGAAGACGUCUGCAGUUCAUGGCGAUGAGACGCUCUCUCGUCACAGGACCGCCUCCAUCUUCGACACCGAAAGUCAAGCGCCAACUCGCGCCCCUUCUUCCGAUCCCCUAGCACUUUCCCGUCGCCUCAAAUCACGAUCCGAACUCGACCGCAUCACCGCUAAUUCCGCACGAAAACGCAACGCUUGCAAUCCGUUGAUGAUCACAGGCCACACGCCACAAUCCAAGAUUGCAGACUUUUACGAAUCACAGAACGAGCAAAUACAGAGGUUAUUGAAACCCGUGGACGAACAUGUUAGGGAAGCAAAAGACGUCCAGGAGGCCAACAACCUGCGCUACCAGAUCGCGGUGUAUGGUAGCUUUGUGGCCAACAUCAUUCUUGCUGUGCUGCAAAUCUACGGUGCCGUCUCAUCUGGCUCGUUGUCUCUCUUCACGACCAUGGCCGAUGCCAUCUUCGACCCGAUGUCCAACAUCACCCUAAUUUUGUCGAAUAAAGCGGUCAAAAAGGUGGACGCACGAAAAUUUCCUGCUGGCAGGUCACGUAUCGAAACAGCCGGCAACAUCGUCUUCUGCUUCCUCAUGACUUCAGUCAGUUUCAUUCUCAUCGCCUUUUCCGUUCAGGAGCUGGUCCGUGGCCAUGAGAGCAGCACUAAGGAUUUUCACCUACCUUCUGUGAUUGCUGUCGCGGUGGCUUUUUGCACGAAACUGGGCUUGUUUUUGUACUGCUGGGCCUUGCGGAACCAGUACUCGCAGGUCCGCAUUUUGUGGGAAGAUCACCGCAACGACCUUUUCAUCAACGGCUUUGGUGUACUCACAUCCGUUGGAGGUAGUAAGCUACGAUGGUGGCUCGAUCCAGCUGGUGCCAUUGCGCUAUCCGUUCUCAUAUCUGUUUUGUGGCUGCACACUGCGUACUCUGAAUUCCAGCUUCUGAUUGGUAUCACGGCGGAUACGGAGACGCAGCAGCUCAUCACGUAUGUGAGCAUGACACACAGUGAUCACAUAAAGCAGAUUGACACGGUUCGAGCGUGGCACUCUGGUCCUCGUUUGGUUGUCGAGGUCGAUGUGGUUAUGGACCCUGAUGAAAGUCUGCGGGUCUGUCAUGAUAUUGCAGAAGAGCUACAGAUGAAGCUCGAGAGAUUGCCUGAUGUCGAGAGGGCGUAUGUUCAUAUUGAUUACGAGACGGACCAUCGGCCGGAGCAUUUUCUGAAGAAGGAGUUGUAGAAUCGAAAGAAAGAGCUAUGCAGCUGAUGGUGGUCAAAUCACUAAACCCGUUUGUGGAUAUACAAACCAGACACUUCACUGUAUACGUUUGGCGAUAAUGGAACUUUGGUGUCCUCAAUAUCAUUCAUGUGCCACUGGCUUGCUGCCAUGUCUGACAACAAGA